AUGGUUGUGUUCAUAAAAUUAAGGUUCAGCUUCGGCGACGUCGUCAAGGCACCACAUCUGCCUCCGGGACCAUGGAAGCUGCCCGUAAUCGGCAACUUGCACCAGCUCAACACUGGACUGCCGCACCGCCGGCUGAGGGAGCUGGCCCAGCAGCACGGCCCGCUCAUGCAUCUACAGCUCGGGGAGACCUAUUUCACAGUGGUGUCCUCGCCGGAACUGGCCCACGAGUUCCUCAAGGCCCACGACCUCAACUUCGCCUCCAGGCCCUUCCUCCCGUCCGCCGACAUCAUCUUCUACAACUCCCGGGACAUCGGCUACGUGGCCUACGGCGACUACUGGAAGCAGAUGCGAAAGAUCUGCGCCCUCCAGCUGCUCAGCGCCAAGCGCGUCAAGUCGCUGCGUCGGGUUAGAGAAGAGGAGAUCGCCCGGCUGGUAGCUUCGAUUACAAAUACAAGUAGUUUAACAAUGCGUCCGGCGGCUGCUGUGAACCUGAGCCAGAUGCUCAUCAGUUUGUCGAACGCCGUCACGUUGAGGGCGGCAUUCGGCGGGAAGAUGUUGCGGAAGCAGGAUGAGGCAAUCUUACCGGUCCUGCAGCAGAUCUUGAAGGCCGCCGGAGGGUUGGGCCUCGCCGACAUCUUUCCAUCGAGCAAGUUCGUGCGUCUGGUGAGCGGAUUGGAAAGAAAGCUCAAAACGCUGCAUGAGACAGCCGACGGAAUCCUUGAAGGGAUCAUAGCAGAGCACGUGGCCAGAAGGAGGGAGGAGGAUCACCAAGAAGAAGAUCUUGUGGACGUGCUUUUGAAUUUUGUGGAGAAUCAAGGGCUUCCCUUCCCUUUCACCAACGUUGAGGUCAAAGCUGUCAUUCUGGACAUAUUUCUGGCUGGGAGCGACUCUUCUUCCGUGACUGUAGAAUGGGCAAUGUCCCAACUGAUGAAUAAUCCUCAUACUAUGGAAAAAGCACAAAAGGAGGUGAGGCAAGUAUUUGACAAGACGGGUAAAGUGGAUGAAGAAGGAGUUGACGAACUUGUGUAUCUCAAAUCGGUUGUCAAAGAAACAUUCAGACUGCAUCCUGCUGCUCCUUUACUGCUUCCGAGAGAAGCUCAAGAAGCGGUUGUGAUUCAUGGACACCUAAUCCCGGCAAAAACCAGGGUCAUUAUCAAUGCUUGGGCAAUUGGUCAAGACCCGCAUCACUGGGACGAACCAGAGAAAUUCAACCCUGAAAGGUUUGCAGAUAGCUCGGUCGAAUUCAUGGGGUUGGAUUUCCAAUUCAUCCCAUUCGGAGCUGGACGGAGAAUCUGCCCUGGCAUACAAUACGGGUUGGCGGUUAUCGACCUUUUGCUGGCAAAUUUGCUGUACCAUUUCGACUGGAAGCUCCCGGAUGGAAUCGAGCCUGAAGGUUUGGACAUGUCUGAAACGUUUGGCGCUACCGUGAGAAGAAAGAAUCCUUUGUAUCUCAUUCCCAUACCCUAUCACCGGACUACAGCCUAGCCUGCUAGCCGUUUAUCCUGUUACACACGUUUGUAUUCUACAGCUUCCGGCGCUCGCUGUUGUAUCCCUUUACCCG